CAUCUUUCAUCCUUAGCUAUCCGCACCAGGCAAGGAAUCCAGGUUAAAUUGAUGGCAUUAGAAGUUCAAGUGCUAGAUGUAAAGAAGUAUGUGGAGUUGACUAUAGAGUACAGAGGGAUAUUAGAUAGAAGUAUGGGACGUAAAGUUGUCUAA